CGUUCCACGCCACAUCUUGCAUUUCCGUUUUUCUUUCUUUAGUUUAAUUCUUCUUAUAGGAAUGCUUGUUCUCCGGAAACUGAAUCAAGCACACGUGCAAGCGAAAUAAGAAGAGCAAACCAAAUGGAAGCCCGUCAUUCUGAAGUCGUGCGUUAAUUUGCACCGGCAUCUGUGUGUGGAUUUUUUUUUCUUUUAGGUACAGUGCCAAUUUUCUCUCAUAGCGGGCGCAGAGUGUUUGCAAUUUUUAUGCCACUCUCCUUAUCGCUUACACGCUUUUGCGUUGUCAUCUCCUAGCUAUGACUUUGCGAUAAAAUGCUUCAUAGUUCCCUGAUUUGUUUCAUUGUCGCAGCUAAGAAAUAACACGCAGAAUUUCUUUUUUUAGUUAAGCACGUUUUGGGGGGAAGCUGGUGCAUUUUGUGCGUUAAGAGUUCGUUGAGACAUUCAACAUUCUCGAUGGUGUCAGAAAUGUCCGACAUUUUUAUACAUACAUACAUACAUACAUACAUACAUACAUACAUACAUACAUACAUACAUACAUACAUACACACAUACAUACAUACAUACAUACAUACAUACAUACAUACAUACAUUUUGUCACAAAAGUUCGCACACCAAUUCCUCGACGACCUGACAGGACAUUCCAAUGGCGGUGACCUCAUCGCCGCCGUAGUGUGGUCCCUUGGGGGUCCUUUGCCUGAGUGCAUGGCUCUUGUGUUCAGCAAAAAAAAAAAAAAAAAACAAGUCAAGGAAUGAAGUGCGCUACUCUUUGCCUCAUAUGAGCUUUAUUUCCGAAAGUGCUUACACUUAAUUUCCCGUAAAGAGCAUGGCGGAAGUGGUUACUUGCGAUUGCGAUAAGUAAGUUUCGAAAACUUACUUAUCGCAUUCUGCAGCGCCCUCCGGUUGCCAGCGGAACACGUUAAGUCAUUCACUCAUGAGUUCCGAGAGCUGCGUUCGCAGGAAAUGUCUGCCAUCUCGUCGCUUGCAAAUGGGCUAAGCAAGUUAUAGCACCGUUGCAAAAACCGGGUCAGCCCUCACCUUUUGUUUUGUUUGUGCGCCUGCGUCAGCUGGAAAGAGAUGUGCCUAAUGGACAUAUCGCGACAUCUGUGAAAGAGUGCGCAGCGUGGUACGCAGCAGUAACGGGGAGUAGUUUCACGGAACAUGAAAGGGAACGUUAGGCCAUAAAUGACUUGAAGCGUCCACUUGAGUGCAAUGUGAACUGCCUGUAAAGAGAGAUUCUGAAAGUCCGCGCGGAAGCAGUGCCAAACAUUAGUGAACUGGGCUUCAACAUUUUAGAUUUCGGUAAAAAUUUGCAGAUAUGUAUGACAUAGCUGGGACACAAAUCUACUAGUCAUUAAGGCGUGGCAACUCUAAAAUUGGAGGCUCGGUGUAAUCGGUCACAUACCACGACAGUUGCCAAUAAAUUACUGUGAUAUUCUCGAAGUAUAUACAGCAGAAUGGGACAGACUACGAAUAUCAGGCACCGCAUGUAGCUUAUCAGCGAUAAAAACGAAGAAGAACGUCAUCACCUCUUUCCAGGAACGUUUUCCAGUAACAUAGCCGUAACACGAUACUGUCUUGUAAAACUCAAAAUGGUAACAUUAAAAAGAAAAAGAAAAAAAAACGCACGUCCGUUUAUUUACUCUCAGGUAUCAAGAUGAACUUUUGCUUUUGGGGACACUGUCGGGCGUGCAUGUGGAUAUACAUACACUACAACUGGCUGUCGUUCCCUUUAUUCCUGCGUCCUUCGACAGACACACCCUCGUGGAACGGCAAGGAAACAAGGUCAGGCCUGCGAAGGGAGUGGAAUGGGGGAGAAAAAAAAAAUGAUGCAGUAGCGGCGUCUCUGCGCAUGCGCGCCUUCCUCCUGCUCCCUCUUUUGCUCCUCGACGCACGCACCACUGGCUCCCUCGUGGCGCGCAUCGGGUACUUUCGCGCCCCUGUCGUGCGCGUCUAGCCGAGUGCAUACCUUCGUGACAACAUCUCCCGCCCGCGCGCCUCUUGGGUUUACCGGGCAUCUCUAGCGAGCCAUGCUCUCAUAAAGCGGCCGCCAUGUACGGCAUGCUUCUGGAGAGCGUGCAGCACUACGUGCGGCUCCAAUUCGGUGAGCCGCUGUGGGAGGCGGCGCUUGCGGAGCUGGGCCAGCACAAUUUUUCCACACACCUGGUGUACCCAGACGACUCCAUGACAAGGCUGGCCGACGCCUGUGCAAAGCGAGUUCCUGGAUGGAGCCGCGACACAUUCCUCUUCUUCUUCGGGCGAUGCUUUGUGCGCUUCUUCAGCCACUACGGCUACGACAAGUUGAUCCGGGCAUCUGGUCGUCACCUGCGAGACUUUCUUGCUGGCAUAGACAACCUGCACCACCAGAUCCGCUUCAGCUACCCGCGCAUGCGCAGCCCCUCGCUGCAGCUGCUGCAGGAGCACCGCGGCGGCGCGCUCCUCCUGUACCGCUCGUGCCGUCGAGACCUCCACUUCUACCUGGUCGGCCAGCUGGUGCAGGUGGCCAGCACCUUCUACGGCAUGCGCCUUCAGGUGCGCGUGCUGAGCCAGCGCAGUACACCGGAGGGUGCCCAGGCGCUGCUGCGGCUGAGCUUCGACAACGCCGCCUUCACGCUGAACGAGCAGCGGCGGCAGCGCGCACAGGAGGGCAUCUCGCUGCCCGACGUAUCCUGGGGAUCGCUGCUGCGGCUCUUCCCGUUCGGCAUGCUUGUGGACCGCUGCAUGCGGCUCCUGUGGCUAGGACACCGACUGCGCAUGGUGUUCGGUCAGGGCGGGGAGACCGGAGCCUGCCCCGGUAGACCCGUGCACGACCUUAUGCGCCUGCACAGGCCCAUGGUGGCCUUCACGUGGGAAAACUUGCUUGCCAAUCAGCAAGUCGUGGUGGAGCUGGAGUGCAUUUUCCCCGAACAGUCGACCCUGCCUUCACGUCGUUUGCUGCUCAAAGGAGAGAUGCGCUACCUGCACGAGUCGGACGUCAUACUAUUCCUUGGGGUGCCACUACUGAGUGGCCUGGACGAGCUGCAGAUGGCGGGCCUCUACCUCGAGGAUCUGUGCAUCCACGACAUGACGCGUGACAUUGUGCUGGCCGAGUGGCAACAUGGCGCCAACCUCGAAGUCUCCUACAGAGAGCAAGAGAGCAAGAGCCGGACACUCGAGGAGAACCUGGUGAGGCUGGACGCAUGGCGCCAAAGGGGCGACGAGUUGCUGUACUCGAUGAUACCAAAGUCUGUGGCCGACAGGCUCCGCCGCGGGGCCCAUCCCGUCGACACAUGCGAGACAUUCGACAGCGUGACGGUGCUGUUCAGCGAGCUGGUCAACUUUCCUAUGGCGUGCCGGCAUCUGAGCCCCAUGCAAGUCGUCAGCUGGGUGAACGCAACAUUUUCUCUCUUCGACUUGAUCACGGAUCGCUACCACGUCUUCAAGGUGGAAACUGUUGGCCAAGUUUACAUGCUCGUGAGCGGUGCGCCUGAACGACGAGAAGACCAUGCCGAACAGGUCUGCGCAGCAGCGCUGGAAAUGCUGUUCUCGUUCCAGGGAAAGCGACAACCCUUUGACCAGCAAGGCACGUUCCUGAGGCUCGGUGUGCACUCGGGACCCGUGGCAGCCGGUGUGGUUGGCCUGAAGACGCUGCGCUACUGCCUGUUCGGAGACACCGUCAACACGGCGGCGCGGAUGCAGACACACGGAGAGAACGGAAGGAUUCACAUCAGUGACAGCUGCCAGAAACUCAUUCGGAAGAAAGGCUUCGUUACUGAAAUUCGUGGGAAGAUUGAAGUCAAGGGCAAGGGAAAGAUGCGCACUCACUGGCUCCUGGAAGGCGAUGUGCUGUCCAGCGCCGCCGGCGGUGGCCGCCGACGCAUCUCGCUGGGCGAAAUGGGACCGCUCACACGAGCCAGGACCAAGCGAGCAUCCAAGUGACGACCCGUCGGAGACCAAUUCUGAUCGACUCUGUACAGGCCAUCCGAAGCCUUCUGCGAGCAUUCUAGGACAGCAUACCCCACACACGGGGCAUCCGAGUGAAGGGUCGCGUCAUUUUCAGGCCAGGGUGGUCAAGCAGAUUGAAUAAAGGACAGCAAAUGAGUGUGACGUCGAUGAAUGUGAAGUUCACGUGUCAAUUUAACAUCGAGCUGGAGGUAGCAGUUCUUGUGCCCAAGCACUGAUCUCGUUUCGUAAAUCUUGCUGUCAUGACCAAGCUUUGGCCGUUGCGAAAAGCCAUACUUGCGAGUCUUGUUGCUUUAGGACUACUUCCUAGCCCGGCUCUUUGUAUCUGAAUGGAUUAAAUGUCGAACAUUUUUAGUGAGUAUGUUAAAUUACUGUUCUUUUUUUCUAGCAGUUUUUGUGCAUUCGUUCGGCAGCUCAGGGGAGGCGAAGGUGUGGUUCGUGUUUUCAUGUGUCGCGGGGUUUCACAGAAAUGGAGGCACUAUCGUGUGACAUUCUCAGGGCUGGGCUUAUCAAUGCUGUGUCUCACAAGCAGCAUGCUGCUUAGAGAUGCUAGAGCUAAUUUCUCUUAGUCAGCACUCACCGUCACAUAGGUUGGUGAUUGGCUGGUGUUUUCUGUAUUACGUAGUUGCUUAACGGGAUA